AAAUGAACAAACGCGCCAAAGCUCUCAAUGUCGCGUCAUUCGAUUUCUUCGAAAUUUUUAUAAUUGUUAUCACUUUGAGAGGCGCCGCGCCGUUCUAAACGAACCCCUAUCGACUUUCCCUGUCGGAAGCUCUCGACAGUGGAAACUCCGCAUCCAUGUUAGUGGGGGGAAGAAUUUCCCGACCGUUGGUGUAUCCAGCAUCCUGUCUUGCCACAUUUUGCAGUGAUGGGCGUGACGGGUCCUGCAUUCACAGUUCGUGGGAUGUUCAUCGGAUAGAUUUUUUAGAAUGAACAGGUGAAAAAUAAAGUGCCAUGAAAUUCUUCUUGGAUAUAUGGUGGUUUCUUUUUGGACCACUAUCCUUGAAGAUAUGUCUUGGAAAUCCAGAUGCCAAACGUCUGUACGACGAUCUACUUUCGAAUUACAACAGACUGAUCAGGCCUGUAGGCAACAAUUCAGAUCGCUUGACAGUCAAGAUGGGCUUGAAAUUGGCACAACUUAUAGACGUGAACUUGAAGAACCAGAUCAUGACUACUAACGUCUGGGUAGAACAGGAAUGGAACGAUUACAAGUUGAAAUGGAAUCCAGAGGACUAUGGAGGAGUAGAAACUUUACACGUACCGUCUGAACAUAUUUGGUUGCCAGACAUAGUACUUUACAACAAUGCUGAUGGUAACUACGAAGUGACAAUAAUGACAAAAGCAAUUCUUCACCAUACGGGAAAAGUGAUCUGGAACCCGCCAGCUAUAUAUAAAUCGUUUUGCGAGAUCGAUGUUGAGUACUUUCCUUUUGAUGAACAAACUUGCUUUAUGAAAUUUGGUUCCUGGACUUAUGAUGGAUACAUGGUUGAUCUCCGACACCUUCAACAAGUACAAGACUCGAACAAAAUCGACGUAGGCAUUGACCUUCAAGACUACUACAUAUCAGUUGAAUGGGACAUAAUGCGUGUGCCAGCAGUACGCAACGAAAAAUUCUACAGCUGCUGUGAAGAACCAUACCCUGACAUCAUCUUCAACAUUACACUCAGAAGAAAAACAUUAUUUUAUACCGUGAAUCUGAUUAUACCGUGCGUUGGGAUAUCCUUCCUGUCCAUACUCGUAUUCUAUCUGCCAUCUGAUUCUGGGGAGAAGGUCUCACUCUGUAUAUCUAUUUUACUAUCACUAACUGUUUUCUUCCUAUUAUUGGUGGAGAUCAUUCCUCCAACUUCCAUCACAGUGCCUCUUCUAGGAAAAUAUUUGCUUUUUACAAUGUUGCUCUGCACGUUAUCUGUUGUUGUAACGAUUGUUGUUCUGAAUGUGAACUUCAGGUCACCUGUCACUCAUAAAUUAGCACCUUGGGUGAGAAUCUGCUUCAUCGAUAUCUUGCCGAAGUAUUUAUUCAUAAAAAGGCCGAACAAAGAUGAGGACGAUGAAAAAAGUGUAGACAGCAAUAUUCUCACCGAUAUCAUCCAGAUACCAAUGAUGGAUAGGUGUAAAUCGUAUGAUAAGGCCCUUGACAGCUAUGAUUUAGCAAUGCAUCCUUCCAGAUACGAUAUGGAGGUAGCAUCCCGUAUGGCCACGUGCUUCCGUGAAGUUCCUUACCCCUCAGUGCCCCUCAGCGGGGGUGACGAGGAUUUGUACAGCCCUGCGAGUUGCAGGACGAAUAUUUUCAGUGCCAGUGAUGAUAGUCCCUGUUUUGAUAAAGUAGAAUUGCACGACAUGGAUAAAACGAUCAACGAUUCGAGGUUUAUAGCUCAGCAUGUGAAGAACAAAGACGCAUUUGAGAACGUGGAAGAGGAUUGGAAAUACGUCGCAAUGGUGUUAGACAGACUGUUCCUCUGGAUUUUUUCCCUCUUGUGCGUAUUUGGUACGGGUUUAAUCAUUUUGAAUGCACCAUCAUUAUAUGACACCAAUAAACCAAUAGAUGUAUUAAUUUCCAAGGUAGCUAAGAAAAAGAUGGCGCUGUUAAAAAUGGUUCCAGAGGAACUGUAAAAAACUAUUUAUUAUCCAAUAAUUGACCCAAUACAAGAGAUAAUCAUUAAUAUUAUUACUGUUAACUUAUUGAAUUUGUAUCAUUAUUAGAAAAUGAAAUUUUAUUCUUGAGUGAACUCUUUUCGAGUUUAUGAAUAAAAAAUAUAAAACCACGAAA